AUGGAAGCAGAAGCAGCAGAAGCAACUUAUCAAUGCAGCAAGCAUGACUGCAGCAGCAGCAGACACCCAUGCCAGUGCUGCAACACGACAGCAGCACCAGAAGGCAGCAGCAGCAGCAGCAGCAGGAAGCGCAGCAGCAGCUGGAGCAGUAGGAGCAGCGUCUGCAGCUACCGCAGCAGCGAACCCGCCACCAACAGCAACAACUGCAGCAGCAGCAGCAGCAGCACUCUGAGCUACCUGCUGCGACGUAUGCUACCAGGUUAUCUCCCAGCAGCAGCAGCAGCAGCUGCAACAGGAGAGAGCAGCAGCAGCAGCAGCAGCAAAAUGCUGCGUGGUAGCCAUCAACGCAGCAGCAGCGAGGGACGCGGUCGUGUUUCCUCUUUAAGGCCUGACAGCAGCAGCAGCAGCAGCAGCAGCAGCAAGUGCAGCAGCAGGAGCAGCAGCAGGAGAAGCAGCAGCUUCGGGUCUGCUAAGGACUUUGACUGCAGCACUUGCUGCUCUGCUGGGCCCGCUGCUGCUGAGCGCAUGCAGCAGCAGCAGCAGCAGCAGAAGUUCCGCAAAUACUCUGCUGCAGCAGCAGAGGAGAGAGGACAAGCAGAUUGCUGCUCAAGAGCAGCAGCAGAAGCAGCAGCAGCAGCAGCAGAUGUAGCAGCGGACCUGGAGGAGCAGCUACCAGCAGAAGCAGCAGGAGUAGCAGCAACAGGAGCAGCAGCAAGAGCAGCAGCAGAAGUUGCCUGUACACCUGAAGCAGUGCUGUUGUCUAGGCAUGCGAGUGCUGCUGCAGCACCAUCAUCAUCUACUGCAGCAGCAGCAGCAGCAGCAGCAAAUGCAGCAGCAGCAAGAAGAAGAGCAGCAGCAGCAGCAGCAGCACGUUCUAUUGUAUCAGCAGCAGCAGCAAUAUGUACAAAAGUACCAUUAAGUCGCGGUGUCUCUAAGGCGCUGCCAAGGUCUCUAAGGACAUUAUACUAUGGACAGCAGCAGCAGCAGCAACUGCAGCAACUGCAGCAAAGGAGAAAGCAGCAGCAGCAGCUAAGGCGCCUGCAGCAGGAAGGAGGGAAACACCAACAGGGGGAGCAGCAGAAAACACACAGGCAGCAGCAACAGCUGCAGCAGCAGCAGCAGCUCAAUUGGGAGGGGAGUGACAAGAAGGAAGCAGCAUUGCUGCAGCAGCAGCAGCAGCAGCACGAACUGCAGCAGGAACUGCAGCAGCAGCAGCAGCAGAUGGAGGAAUGGUUGCUGCCUGUUGAGCCUCAUAGGAAGGAGGAAGAAGCAAAGCAGCAGCAGCUGCUGCUGUCUGCUGCUGAUCCUCCAUGGGUGCGGCUGCAGCAGCCGCUGCCUCCUCCUGCUGCAGCAGCAGCAGCUGCUGCUGCUGCUGUUGCUGCUUUCUAUGGCAGCAAAGAAGAAGUAACAGAAGACGAAAGACAUGCUGCUGCUGUUGUACUCAGCAUUGGCAAACGUGUUGGUUAG